AUGUAUACAAAAAGCAGUGAUAAGACCAUGCAUAAGGACUACAAAAAUAAGAAUGAGAUGCAAAAAUGGGCCAAUCAAAUUGCGACGAAAGCAUCACGUCGGUCCUUAUAUCCGGGAUACCAAGGCGGUCUGUUCGUCUCGAAGAUCAACAAAACAGAAGUCAUGGCAACAUACAAGAAGACCUCGUUGGCUGGUGGCGGCAGGAAGAAGGCGGGGCCCAAGCCGGAACUAACCGAGGAACAGAAGCAGGAGAUCAGAGAAGCAUUUGACCUGUUUGAUGCUGAUGGCUCCGGCACAAUAGAUGCCAAAGAGCUUAAGGUUGCAAUGAGAGCAUUAGGCUUUGAGCCAAAAAAAGAAGAAAUUAAGAAAAUGAUUGCUGAUAUUGACAAAGAAGGAACAGGCACAAUUGACUUCAAUGACUUCCUGACGCUGAUGACGCAGAAGAUGAGCGAGAAGGAUGCCAAGGAGGAGAUUCUCAAGGCCUUCCGUCUGUUUGAUGAUGAUGAGACGGGAAAAAUAUCUUUCAAAAACCUCAAACGUGUUGCCAAAGAAUUAGGAGAAAAUCUCACGGAUGAAGAACUGCAGGAAAUGAUUGAUGAAGCUGACAGGGACGGUGAUGGUGAAAUCAAUCAGGAGGAAUUCUUAAGGAUAAUGAAGAAGACAAGCUUAUACUGAUGUAUCUAUGUACAUAGACUGUAUAUAGGAGUCAUUCAGCGACACACAAACGAGUGGGCGUCGCCCAGACAGUGAGGCAGCCUGGUAUCAUUGACAGAUCUGGACGUUGGUCACCAUGGGUGUGUCAAAAGUUGCAAUGUCAUUUUAUGAUGCUGAUUCUGGGUGCAAUCUUAAGAUGCAAGCAUUUGUAGGACAGAAUCAUUUCAUAGUUUUCAGGGGAGAUAACUCAUUUUUGUUCAUCAGAAACAUUGGAUGCCGAUCAACUUUGUGUUAACCUCAGAUUACUGAAAGAGUGGGAAAGAAAAGUGUUUAACAUACAAGUAAAUAAUUUCUGAUUCGAUAUUAAACCACAUGGACAGUAUCAUGACAUCAACUUUUCACACAUCCUAUUCUACAUAUGGCCUCUCAUGAACUGCUGUUGAAAUGCAACACUGGUGCACUUAUGCAAUACGUCUUUGCAACCUCAAUAUCAUCAUCGGCAAUACUUCAUGAGCUCAACACAAUCUUCCUCCAUAACUUGUAAAUAUAUUUGGCUAAUAUCGUGGCCAUUGUCUGACAUUGAAGCAAGGUGUAGAACUGAGUCGCGUACAAUAACAUCCGCUGAACCGAAGCAGUCCUGAGUGUGUGCUCGCGAGACGAGUGUAUGUAUUAACAGGUUAUAGAACGUUGUGUAUACAAUCCUAUGAAGUAUUGACGAUGACUCAACAUCUUUCUCCAAGUUUAAAGUGGUUAGCUUUGGAUUCAAUGUAUUUGUCAAACAAGGGGCUUGGCUUUCUGGGUUGUUGGGCCACAUGGGAAAAAAACAUAUUGUAAGUAAAUCCAGCUGACUCAGACAUUGGAAUUUCAGAUAAAACCAAUUCAGCUCUCAUCACAUUUGUUAACUAUUUGAUAAAAUAUUGUCAACUAUGCCAUGCUUCAUUCACAGAACCUUAAUUGUUUUUGUCGUUAUACAAGUCUUGGUUUAGUGAGAAAACAAAUUGCCAAAAUUGUCAAUGACUUCAUUCAUUUUGAUAUUAGGAGUAUUGUACAAUAAUUGUCAUGUUGGUAGACUUAUUUCUUGUCUCCAAGUCUUGAACAUGAUGACACGUUUAAAUAGUUUAUGAAUUCUGUUUCCUGUUGCACAUUUGGUAUUCCCGAUGUAUUUAUUCAAUAUAUUUAUCAAUGGCAGUGCUACAUAAGGAACUGUAUACGGUUCCCAUGCUUGUCAAACAUAAGAUAAUGGUAACCAGGGCCCACUUGCACAAAGCGAUCUUAGUGCUACGACUAUUGUAAGCCUAUGUUAAAUUAUUGGAGUUACGAUCAUCUUAGCGCUAAGGUCGCUUUGUACAAGCGUGCCCAGGACUGAACGAAAGGGUAGCCAAUGUUUAUAAUGCUAAACAAAAUAACAAAUGCUUAUCAGCUAUACAACCUUAAAAAAUGUACUUGUUUUAUAUUUAUCAGUCUUUAAUUCAACUUUUCUGCCUCUGUGGAAAUAUUUCUUUCCCUUUGCCCGCCUCAUAACAUCAUGUUCUAAACAUUCCGCCAUGUCUACCAAGGGAGCAAUGGUCAUCUUGAUCAAGUUUACAUUUUGUAUAGGUCUCCAUUUAUCAAAACAGACAGUAUUACUUCCAGUCCAUCUCAGUCACAGUACUUAGCAUUAACUUACUGCUGGUGCAGCACUUUUCCCUCAUCUAUUUUGUGUCUAGGCCACUAUGCAUCAAGACAAUAAGUUAGUCACUCUUCUCGAAUGCAUUACGGAUACACUUGCUCCAUCUCUGUUAAGUCAAUCUGGCAUAGAUAUAAUGGAAUUAUGGAAGAAUAUGCUACUCAACUUUUGAGAGGGAUAAUCAGAUAUAUAGAGGUUAUCACACAAGUGUGUUUUUGGAGGGUAAAUAUCCCUAUUAGGAAUAAACAUUGUAUUUAGCAAGCCUUAUACAUGUAUAUACACUUGCCAUAUUAUGAGAAUAAUAUAAUUGUGUAUCAUGGAAAGAUAAAAAUAUCCCUGUCAAAAGUGGAGUGGUAUAUAUUAUAAUGUAUUAUGGUAAGUCAUUACUUCAAUUAUUUACAAGCGUAAUGGAUUGCUCAUAUUUCUUCCACAUAAAACAUCAAAAAGAAAUUCUACUAUUGACAGUAGUGUGCGUGUGUUGGGUGAUAUCUGUGACUAGACGUGUAAUGUGUAAGAUGUUUCCAACAGCACUUUCUCAGUCAAUGCAACUAGUCUUCCCAGCACACUGUUUCUGCAACACAAAAACAGGCUAAUUUGCAAGAAAAUGAAAUCCUUUAUUACUUGAUAACAUUCUGAUAUUCAUUAUUGGUUUGACUAUUUUUGAAAGCCCAGCUGUUGCUUAAUGAAGCGUAUCCUGAGUUCUGAAACAGCUGGGUCCUGUUUUCGAGAACCACUGUGUGCAUUAUUUGUUUUGUUACCCCAUGCCUACGGUUCAUCUGCCUUCCAGAGGUCAUGUAUUUAUUGGGUCACAUAUUUUUGUCUCAAACUGAAUGUAGACAUGUUGUACAAAGUGUUCAUGUUUCCUGUCAUAAUAAAUAAUAUUUUGUGUUCAA